AAGAAAACUUAGAUUUAAUGAUAAAAUUUUUAUUAAUAAUUUAGAAAAUUUUCCUGAUAUUGAAAAUAAUAAUGAAAAUUUAUUAUUAGAAACUGAUGAAAUUUUAAAAAAUCUUAAUGAACAAACUA